AUAUUUGGUAGUUCAACUUCCUGCACGCUUGUGCUGCGGCCGCGGCUGGAUGUACUUGUGGCAUUUUUCUCAGUUUUUCCCUCUAAAGCAAAAUCACAUGAUGUGUAUUUUGUCAUAUGAUACUGAUGAGAGGGCCUGAUCCUACUUCGAGCGAGCGUCACUGACGUCCUCUGUGAAAAACAAGGACAAGUCAGGUUUGUCAGGGAUGAGCUGCUGUAGCCGGACACUGUUUGGUGGAAGUACUCGAUAAUCUGUGGAGGAUGGCCCGCCGGGGACUUCUGCCAGCGAUAUGUGCCGCUUAUUCUUUGGGUAAGUUUACUCUCUCCGAACGAUAAAACAACUUAAAAUGGUGGCAUAAGCGAUAUCAAUCAAACAAGGCUCAUUUUGAGCAAUUGUCGAUCUGUGUGGAGUAAAUAAGGUGUCCAAGUACUUCAAAGGGAAUAGGAGAUUAUUCUAGGAACUCUUUGUGGAAAAUACUUUUUAUAAUCCAAGUGCAUACGGGCCUUCUUUACACCCAGACUCUAUCUGAAUCUUUCCCUUUAUAAAAAAGUCCCAGAGUCAAAAUGUGUGUUUGGAUAUACCAGUCUAUCACAUUGAUGUGACUUUUCUUUAUGGUAUGUUGUUAUGGUAUUGCUCUAAUCUCUUUAUAGGGACUUUCUUUGCUGACGCUUGAACCUGACCCUUCCAAACUCUGAGGAUUAGAGCAUUUCUUUCUGCCACUUAGACACAGACUCAUGUCCAAAAGAAAAAGAAAAAGAAAAAACGUUUUGAGAGAGAAAUAGUUUGUGCAAGCCAAAGCAGACUGAAGCAGAAUAAUCACAUGACCCCAUUUCUAAAUAAUUGCACCUCAUGAGGAGGAUGGCUCUUUUUCAAGAAAGCACUUAAGCACAUGGCUAAUGUGAUUACUACCACAAUAUGUGCUCUGUUUUGCUGUUAUGUGUAACCUACCCCCACCCUCUAAGUGGUUAGAUAAGUCCAGGAGUAUACUUGAGAUGCUGUGGAGACAUUUAAGGUAUCAGGAUAACACAGUUGAUUGAAGAAGUUCUGCUUAUUUUAGGAGGUGACAUACAGUCAGACUGUCGCCCACUUGCCUUUUGUGUUGUUUUGCACCUUCAGACUGUAUCAACAUUCAGAACAUGUCUGAGAGGGAGUAAAUGAAAUAUUGAUUUUUAACACCAGUAACUGCUUGGAAACAUAAAAAAGUAUACAGCAGCCAUUUCUACAUGAUACUAUGGGAGAAUGAUGACUAAAUUUGACAGCAGAUCAAGAUGUAGUUUGAUAUUUUUCCAGUGUUGGGGACCAUAAAGAGAAGUGAAAUAAAGUGGAAGUAGCUGGCUGGUGGUUUAUGUUUGCAUAUUGUUGCAAUCAGUAAGGAGCCUGUUUGAAUUCAAAAAUGUUAAAAAAGAAAAAAGAAAACUAUCCUGUGUCCAUAAAAUAAUUGCUUAUGCAAAAUAAUAACUUGUUUCCACCAGUAAUUUAAAAAUGGUACAUUGUGCUAAUUGCAUUGUGCACACAAUAUUUAAUCUGCACAAUACAAAAAGAUACUUUUUAGGACUAGAAGGGCUCUGUAAGAUACUUCCUUUUUGUAAACCUGUUUUUGCAAGUAAAGGUUAUGCAAAAAAUCUGUGCCUUUUACUAUUCUGUCAUUGGACAGUAUGCUCCAGUGCCUCCAGACCUUUCACAUGUGUUGUUGCAUUGUUAGUGUUCCGUUUGUGUACCUCUCCCUAUUGUUUUCUUUCUAUUUUUACCUUCUAUUAUGAUCUUUUUAUGCCCUUUGCCAUGGUAUUUUUUGAUUUUGAUCAAAGUGUUUUACACAUGCUUUCAUUGCAAUGAGAUGCACAAAUGCGGUUAAUUUCAUAAAAAUAAAAUGAUUUUUUUUUUUAAAUCACAAAAUCCUACUCUAUUCUUAUCUUAAAUUAAAACAUACAACAAACCUUGUAUUUUGAGCAGUAGAAACUAACAAAGAAUUCUUGUGUGCUGUCUUGUUUUUUUUUUUUUUUUAAGGAAACUUGAAUAUCAGCACCUCUGUAGUAAUUAUAAAGUUUUAUAUCUAAUGUUUAAACCAAACUUGAAUAUAUUCUGUUUACAUUUUUCUCUGAGUGUGACUAUCCACAUUUUACUGACUCUUUAUUGUUUAUCUUGCCAUACUUUCCCAUAGGUUACUUUGCUGCAGUUCAACUUUUCCUGUGUGAAAUACUCAGUAGCUUGCAAAGCCCUGUUUUCAAAGUAGCUUUUCCCCCUGGCUGUGGUAUUUUCAUAGGCCUACUAUUGUCAUGCCUCAUGUUCAGUGUGUGAAAAUAUGAGCAACAACUUAGAACCAGAGCCUGUGAACCCUGGAGAGCACUGUAAAAAGGACGCUAAAGGUCACAGUUAAAGCCUUUAAGUACUGAUACUACCAGCACCAGCCCAGUCAUUAUUUCCAUGCAAAAAAAAUAGUGGAGUCUGAACUGCAGCUCUGCACCAGUCCGCCACCAGAAAACCAGGAAUCAGCCAGUGUCCUUUUCUUUUAGGCAUGGUGCUGAGCCAGACCACACUUACCCCCGCUGUGAUGAACACAACUCUCAUUGAGAAUGUGACUGGUCUGACUCUAACUCCCAUGAUCCCCAGCAGCACAACCCCAGGCUGCCUUGCAUUUAACACUUCUACUUGUGAGCCCUGUGCACCAGGAUCCCAGUAUGACAACAGUGAGUCAAAAGUCACCAUUUAACUCUUUUUCACAAAACUGCCCUGUUUCUGCUCUGUGAAAAGUCAACCUCUGAGAUGUAAUACAAACUGAAAUACAGUCAAAGUUAAGGGAAAGUAUAUUAUCCUUCCUCAGACACGCUGAUGUGUUCAUGCUGUGCUAACCCUGGGCUGUGUCUAUUUCCUGGAGCCUGCCUGCCAUGCACAACAGGUUUCUAUCAGCCGCUAGCUGGGCAACAGCAGUGCCUGCCCUGCAACCGUGGCUUCUACACAAAGUAUGAAAAUCACUGUGAAGACAAGUUCUACACUUGCUGUAAUUUUCAAUUACUUGGCUUCUUUUCAUGGUGUGUAUUUUACAACUCUUUAUAGUUUCACUGGAAGUCCGCUAUGUCAUGCCUGCCCUCCUGGAUCCUUCAACAAUAAUACCGGUGGAGAAAGCUGUACAAGUUGUUCACCAGGUGUGUUAAUGUUCUUGUAGGCCAGGCUCACAGAACUGUUGGAAAUCAGGAAUUUGGUGGCAUGCUUUCAGACUGAAACAGAGUCUUGCUUGUUGUGAGAAAUUGGACUUGCAUGAUUAAAAUUUCUUCUCUUGAUCAAUUGCAUUAACAUUCAUGGUGAUGCAGGCUUGCAGUUGAAAAUAAUAAAUGGAGUUAUCUUUCAUGCUGCUUUCAGGUUUUUUCUCGUCACAGCAGAGUUCAACUUCAUGUAAUCCAUGUCAGCUGGGAACUUUUUGCAAGUGAGUUGUGUUUGAAUGUCAACAAGUUUUUACUUCUCCUGAUCUGUUUUCUGCUGCUGGAAACCAGGAACGAGCCUGAGACUUUCAUAAAUAUGUCUCUGUUUGAAAAAUCUCUUAUCUAACCAUCAGAUCAGACAUCACAUGCUCCAGUGUUUUCAUCCCUUGGCUCUGCUUGGGAGCACAGAUGUACUCACACAUACAAGACCUGAUACACAGUCACUGCUUUGAUAAACAAGCUAACCUUAAAGCAGUUCUAGUUGCAUGCAUAACUAUUUACAGGUGGAUAUAAAUAGGAGUUAUAUAUAAAUUAUUGAUCUAGCGCGUAAACAUAUAUAGGUUGUGAAUAAAUCUUGGGUGUUAUGACCAUUUUCAAAUACAAUUUUUUUUCCUAAUCUAAAUAGGUGAGAGGGCAGCAGUCAAUUUGAACCUCUUCAGUAGGAGAUCUAAAUGAAAUAGACUUUGACUCCCAAAACUUUUACAACCUUAUGUAGUAGUUGGACAGGGAUAAAUGGAUGGACCUGUGUACCAUGUUUUCUCUGAGUUUUCAGACUGUCCCCAAAACUAUUAAUUCAUAUCGAUUAAAAUGAAAAGAAUCUGUUUGUGAAAAUUGUGCAUUAUACUUUAACCUCUGUAAUAACUCUUUCUUGCUGUUUGAAAUUACAGCUUCACCCAACCAUUCCCCACAUGUCUGCUCACACUGUGAAAACCAGCUGCUGUAACAGCUUAGAACAAAUCAGCUUUGCCGUUUUCCAAAAAUGUCCCAAUGUUUCUCGUGGCAGCCAUGAAAUCAGUAGUAUGCUGUCCAUGAAUAGCCACAUACAAAUAAACUGAUGUGUUUGUCUAUCUGACAGCUCCUCUGGAUGUCCCUCGUGUGAGACGUGUCCUGGAGGGACAGAAGCUCUACAAACUGCCACUCAAGUGUGCACACCAUGUCGGCCGGGUAAAUAACAGUAGAGUUUGAGAGAACAGCCGCUGAUUAAAGAAAAGGUGUUGCUCAUGGAGAUUAAUUUUGCUUUUGAACAGGCAUGUACAAAGCCGCCCAUCAGACUACAUGUCAAAUCUGCCGCAGUGGUUUCUACCAGAUUCACUGGGGUCAGGAGAAUUGUGAUGUGUGUCCAGAGAAUCACUACUGCCCUGUGAGUACUGUGUUUACGCAACUCAUGAGAUAAAAAGAAUGAGUGUUUGUGAGUUGAAUGUGCAGUUUUGAUCACAGAGUAUUAUUUUCCUGUUUUAGAGUCCAGAUGUGAACCCAAUCAAGUGUCCCAGUGAUGCAUUUUGUCCAGCAGGCAGCCUGGCUCCAGGGUACUGCAUGGAGACUUUCUUUCGCAAAGUGGGGGACACUUGUGAACUGGCUCCUGUCACAAUAGCUCUUUUAGUUAUAAGUGGAGGAGGUGAGUAACAGCACUAAAAGACACAAGCGUGAACUGUAUUUUUCAGUUGAUCAUGGAUAUACAAUCUGUUUUUGUGAGUAGAACAGUAUCCUGUGAUUCUGAGCUGCUUGCUUAAUGCCUUUAUUUGACACCACAUAAAAAACAUGGGACUCACAGUAAUGCAUUAUAAACCAAUUGUCUUUAAUGAUGUCAAGCUUGCAUGUGAAAUGUUCCUCUUUGAUAUGAUUUAAUGAUACGCAAAAAAGUCUUAUGAGUCAGUAUAAUAAAAUUGUUUGGUAUAGAAAAAGCUUUCUUAAGAUGUUAUUAGGCAUGCCUGUUUUUGUCGCAUAACAGGACAGAGCUUGUUAUUUACACUUAUUAUUGUUAAAGGGCUAAAAUAUAUAUAUAUAUAUAAAAUAAAACAAGUAUAUAGUAUAUAUAGUAUAUAUAUAUAUAUAAAAACAAGUCCACAAAGCUGAUCCCAAAGACACUGAGAUACAAUUAUCUGGGCAAAGACAAUAAAUGAAAUCAAUGGAUUUUUAUUAUUUUUUUGCCAAAAUGAGAAUUUCAUCUUUUACAGUUAUGUAUUUGUUUUAUGACAGUAUUUCAAUCGUUUUGUUUUUUUUUUGUGAAUUUCCCUUUUCAGCUAAUGAAACUUUGACAAGUUUCAGUAGGAUAUAAAGCUAUUGUUCUCCUAAACCCAUUCGAGCCCCUAAUAUAUUUCACUUCAACUUUUAGUAGACUGUUUAUGCAAUUAAACUUUUCAUAAUUUACGUUCAUGGGAAUAGUUACACUUAAACAGGUUAUAUAUUGUGUUUUAACCGAAUUUCAGUCAUGCCCAAACAGGACCCAAUUAAAUAAAAUAAGAAUCAUGCUCCAUUUGAGGCUUUUGUAGACUGUAGAUGGUCUCAUCCGUCCUCAUACUGUGUUGUUGCCCUCCUUCUCCACAGUUGCCCUACUCUUCAUCAUUUUAAUGGUACUACGUCGACGGAGAGACACUGACAGAGAGCUGAAUGUAGCUCGAGCACCAUUACUACGCAAAGAACGGCCGCAGGGUCGUUACUAUGGGAUCCCCUGUGAUGCAGAGCCCGUGUAUGCUGGCUGGUGAACCAAAGGACAUUAAAUUUACGACAAAACAAAGAGAAAUCUCUGUAUGGAUUCCAACUAAAGACCAAGAACUUAUAGAAGAAGACUUUUUAUGUGCUACAGUUGAAUAUAUAUUAUGAAGACAUGGACAUUGACUGUUUGGUGACUUGUUGUAGUUUGACACUGUUACAGCUAUUCCACUGAGAGGCAACCACUCUGCUUUGGUAAACUAGGUUAUUAGAUUAUGAAAGGUAUGUAUGCUGGGAUGCUGAAGCCGAGAUGUGCACCUCGGCUGGGUGAGAACUUCUCUCUUGUGAAAAGCACUUUUUAAAAAAAGAGGUAAUUGAUUUACUUUGCACUCGUGUCUCUGCAGACAUGUGGAUGCUUCCAUUAACUACUGAAACUUCACAGUACCAGGUGCGAAGUGUGGGUGGUGCCUUGUGUUUAUUUAAUAUGUUUGAUUACAGUGCUGUGUCGUCUGUAGUCACGAUGGUACAUUUGCUUUAAUGUUUUUCAUCUGCUUUUUAAAAAAAUUAUAUUUGUAUGUUUUAAAGGAAAAUAAAAAAAAAUGAUUAAUUACUUAUUACCUGGUCUAUUCAUUUGAGUGAUAUUUCAAAUGUACAUUUUGAAAAAUUGUAACAAAGACACAAGCAAAUUAUUUCCCUAAAUUAAUGUAAGAUGCCAGGUUGUUCAGGUGCAUGUCAAACUUCUUUACAAUGUCAUUAUUGAUGUUAGGUGAAAAAACAAAGAGCAAUUGUGAUGCUUAUUAAUUUAUGUUUUAGAUUUUUAGUGUAUUUCAGGGUCAUUAAUGUCUGGUGUUUCAGCUUUGAUGUCUAAUUUUUGGCACAGUGUCAAAAAAUCCACAAUGUAGGUCUUUAUUUUAGCCAACAUUUUGAUAUACAUGAGGAAAAAAAACUGUGUGAUUGUCAAAAACAGCCCCUGUGCAGAUUCUUAUGUGAAAAGUUUACUUACUCAUCCCUCACAUCAGAACCAAAGAAGGGGAGGCAGCUUUUAGUGUUUAUGCCCCACAAAAAUGGAGCACCCUGCCUGACACAGUUAGACAUGCCACAUCAGUAGCCAUCUUUCAAAACAGAUUAAAAACCUACCUUUUUUCUAUAGCAUUGUGUUGAACUGUGUGUCCAUGUGUGUGCAUGUGUCGUGUGUGAGUGCGUGUGCAUGAAUGUGGUUGAGUGUGAAUGCAGUGAAGUUGGUUUACUUGCACUCUCAAAUUGAUUUCUAAUUGAUCUUUAUAGAAUGUUUUUUUUUAACUAUGCAUACCUGUUGUGAAGCACAUUGACUCUGCCUUGUGCAUGAAAUGCGCUUUAUAAAUAAAUUGAAUUGAAAAAUGAAGUGAUUAGAAAUGUUCACAGGGCAGUGGUUGGGCUCCAUAUGAGUUAAUUUCAACUUGGUGUAACCAUCCAGGAGACUGUGGCAAAAGCAGAGAGAGAGAGAGGAUUAUAUGACUUUUGGAAUGUUACUACCAAAUAAAAAUGAUGAACUCUG